CUGCGACGCCCUCGCUCUCGAUGGUCCCGCAGCAGAACGCCGAAGCCGGCCCAUCCACUGUCCUCUAUCUUAAGCCUAAGGCCCCCCCACACCCAGCGCCUCGCCUUGCCAGCACCCAGGACCUCCUCGCUCGCUUCCAGCUCAUCCCUGCAUACGACAAGUAUGUCCGCGGCGCCGCAGAAGACUUUGCCGAUGCCCCAGACAAGGGCAAGGGCAAAGCGCGCGAACUGAACGGGAGCCCGGUACCCCAAACUCCCGGAGAUCAGGAACCGGACGAUGAGGACGGUGGGCUGGCCAAGGGAGAGAAAAAGAAGAAAAACUCGUAUAAGCACCUCAUCAAGGGUGUCCCUGGACGACAUUCGAUGAAAAAGGACGACUACCUCACGACCAUAAUGCAGAUGCCCCCGAAACAGCAUGUUAAGAUCGUUAAAUUCGAUGAGAGGACGCAGCAGGAGGCGUUCCAGGUCUCACCCGAGGGCCUCAAGGGUUGGAAUACUGCUGCUCUCAUCCAGGAGUCCGCACAAGCACGGGAAGACCGCAAGAAACGAAAGGAGCUCAAACGUUUGGCGAAACAGCAGAUCCACAAUGCGCAGUCUGGCAUCGCAGCCCCCUCUCCUGCCGCCCCCUCUCCUGCCGCCGGCUCUGUCGGCACCCCACGCCCAAGUGCAUCAACACCCCGUACGACAGCAGGGACCCCGCGAGGAAGCGCCGGCACUCCCCGGCCGUCAGUUCCACCUGUUAUCGUCCCCGGCCGAGUCGGGACUCCUCAGCGGAAGGGAACUGGGACACCGACCAGCAGCCUUGGCACAGGGACACCGACGAGCGCACACCCGGAGCGAAGCCUGAAGCGAGAAAGGGAACUAGAGCCACACGCGAAUGGAAUGCCAUCAGGUGCAAGUGGUAUGAAUGGGGCAGUUGGGUCCGCUGCAAAUGGAGGCGGCACUGUUCCGGUCAUCACUGCCGCUAAGGCUGGGAUCGCGGGUGCGCGACCGCGACCAGUCAAAAAGCAACGAGUGGAUAUGCAGGGUCAAAGUCGUGACGUUAGCUUGGGGGCUAUCCAGCAGCAACCAACGCCACAGGGUGUGUAAUGAGUCGCUGCGCUUCAACAUACAUAUUUUGUUUACUUGUCAAACUUGCAUUUACAUUACUUACAAUCGAUUACACUUGCACUUGUUUA